AUGGUCAAGUCAGCAUCAACAGCUUACUGCUUUGUCAGUGGCAAGACUGAGAAAUCUCAAGCAGCCGACUCACAGCAACCCCAACGUGCAAAAGUCUGCGGCAACAAGGAGCGCGACCGUCGCUCAAUAGACCCCCCUCCAAUCGUCCAGAUCAAGCUCGCCGACGCCUCUACCGACAAAAACAAGGAUUACUUGCAAAGUCCAUAUCUGUUCAUGUGUUGCAACUUAGUCCAUGCCGACGAUCCCAGUGGCGAGAUUGUCGCCCCUGCCCACCGUGCCCUCGCCGGCACAGUCGUUUCUUCCCUCAACCGCCUCAAGGAUGUCGACAACUCGGACGGCGGCUUCUUUGUCUUUGGCGACAUCUCUGUCCGGAUAGAAGGUCGCUUCUGCUUGCGGUUCACUCUCUUUGAGCUCAUCGAGGGCCAGGUCGUCCACGUGAUGACCUCCAUCUCCAAUCCUAUGACCGUCCACUCCAGCAAGACAUUCCCUGGGAUGCUCGAGUCGACCUUCCUCUCCAGAAGCUUCUCCGACCAAGGGGUCCGCAUCCGCAUCCGCAAGGACCAUCACGUCAAGCCCAAGCAUGCCGUUUCGGAUGACGCUGCCGAGGGUGGCACCACACACAUGCACAGUCCCCCUUCGUCAUGCCACGAGGCCGAUCAUAGCGACAACGACGACCACCAGCCCGCAAAGCGUUCACGCCCCUCGCCCGCAACCACCUUUGCCGAGUCGCCCUAUGCCCAUGCAUCGUCUAGACAUGUGCCCAUCGCUGCCCGCCCCAAGGUCGAGACUAGAUAUACGUCGUCCGAGCCCACUGAUCGCACGCCACCAUCCUCGCCUCGUUCCUACCAUGCCCAGGAUCCUUCACCCUCGCGUCCUCGUCAUCACUUCUAUGGUUCUGAGGAAGAGGCACGGUACCAUGAGGCUUAUGGUCCAUCAAGGCACCACCCUUACGGAUACUACAGCUCCAGCCAGCUAUCAUACUACGAUGGCUACCCUUACUACCGCUCCUACCCUCAAGAACAUCCCUAUGCCCAUCCUCAGGCUAGAUAUCACUCUGGUAGCCCACGAGAGUCGCCAUACUCUCAUGAGCACCAUCAUCGCCAUCUUUCUUCCUCGUCGGCUGGACCGACCUACCACUACCCUUCCCACGAGAAUAGCCGCCCCCGUGAAGGAUCUCCUUCCAACGGCUAUGCUCCGUCGUACCCAAUGGGCACAGCACACCCCACCGCCUCAUCUGUAUAUAUUUCCCGCUCCGAGGCCUCCGUUCACCAUUAUCAUCACCAACAACAACAGCUACAGCAUUCUUCCCAAUCCACGCACGCUGGUCGUCAUGGAUUCCCAGCAGCACUUCUGAAUGAUGAUGAAGAAAUGGAGGAUUCCCCUGCCCCAGCAACAGCAUCUGCAGCACCACGCCGAGACCAUGGCGAGGAGGUCUAUCACAGCCGGACACCAUCGAUGUCCUCGCAGCACAGCGACGGCAACUUUUCUCCUCCACUUCCUUUCUCGCCUGUGGAUCCUCACCAGGUGCAGGACGGCCGGUCCCAUUCGCCUCCUCAGAUGAGUCUUCCUUCGUUAUCUCGUGUUGCCGUCAACGAGAAGAUCCAGCUGCCUUCGAUCCAUACCCUCUCAUCACAGCUGUCAUCAACCUCCGUUCACAACGAUCAGCACAGACGCGAGUACUACUAA